GACUAACAACCAUAAUUUUAUGACAUGUUGUGUUUCAGCCUUUGAAUCUGAUGGCUCCUCAGCUUCUGUGAUGAUAGUAAAGCCUCCACAAGACAGCAUCUCAGAGAAAGCAGUAGUUCAUCUGGACACACAGACCGCAAUCAUGGUGAAGAAGUUUUCUGUGGACUGGCUCGCACAAAGCUUUCACGGUUCGCCGCCUCAAGACGUUCUGGAGCCGGAGAAAGAGACGCGCAGGCCACACGUGCCGUGUGUGGUUCAGCCGAGACCUCCAACAUCACAUGACAAGGUUUAUUUGCAGCCAAAACCAAAGGUUAACAAAGCUGAACAGAAACCAGAGACCGUUAAAGAGAAGGAGGUCACAACUCUGGUUACGCAAAGAAGCUGCUCAUCUCCAAGCUUUUCAGAAAACAGCGGAUAUUCGUCUGGUUAUGAGAGCGAAGCGGCCGCGUCUGAAUGCGCUUCCAUCGAUGGACACGAGACUGAGAAAGACGCGGCGACGCGAAGAAUCAGAACCAAAUUCACUCCGGAGCAGAUCGACAAACUGGAGAAAAUCUUCAGCAAGCACAAAUACUUGGAGGCGGGAGAGAGAGUGAAAACAGCUUUGAAACUCAACCUGUCCGAAACUCAGGUCAGAACUUGGUUCCAGAACCGCAGGAUGAAGCUGAAGCGGGAAGUGCAGGAGAUGCGCGCUGACUAUCUGCUGCCAAAGAUGGUUCUUCCGCACGUGCUUCCGGUUCAGUACCACUGCUACGACAGACAGCGACUUCCGUUUCCGCCUCACGGCGCGCUGAUGCCGCAGAUGAUGCCGCUGGCUCCUCAUCACCAGCUCAUCUGUCUCCAGCAGCAUUACUACUGA